AUGGGCUUCGUCUCCGGUUUUACUGGCGGUGUUACGCUCACCCUCUCCGUCGCCUACCUCUCGGCCCUCGCCCACCAACGCAACCGCGAGCGCCAGGGCCAGGCCCUCCGCGCCCAGGCCCUCGAGCUGCAAACCAUCAUCGACCCGAUCCCGCUGCCGCUCCCCCCGACGCGGUCCGAGGUGGCCGCCGAGCAACGCGCCGCCAAGGUUGAGGUCCUCAAGGAGAAGUGGAACGACGAAGUCGGCCGCGCCGUCCACUGGGUGCAGACGACCGACUGGGACGAGGUGCGCCACGGCGUGCAGUCGCAGGCCGGCGCCCUCUGGGCCCGCGUGAGCGGCCAGACGCCCGAGCAGUCGGCCGAGGCCGUCAAGGGCGCUGCUGAAAACAAGGCGCACUCUAUUGAGCAGUCGGCGCGCGGCGCCUUCCAAAAGGCAAAGGCCGAAGCCCGCAGCGUCGAGGAGGCCGCGGAGCACAAGGCCCUCGAGGCCCGUCUCCAGACGAAGAAGACGGCCGAGAAAGCGGCUGACAAGGUCGCCGGCACCGCAAAGGAGGGCGCCCAAGAGGCUGGCGGCUUGCUGUCGUCGCUGCUGGGCCGCGGCAAGGAAAAGGCCGCCGAGCUGGCGGGCAAGGCCAAGGAGGCGGUCGGGCUGGCGGGCAGCGCGGUGACGGCUGCUGCGGACGGUGUGGUCCUGACGACUGGCUCGACGGCUGUCGAAAAGGCCCUACACCAACGAUACCAGAAGAUGGUGAUCAGGGACACGAGAACAGUCGCCGAGGUCUUGAAGGAGAGAUAUACCCCGGUUGACAGCCGUGACAACACGAACCUGCGGGGCCUGUAA